AUGCCCUCUUUUGUGACUUUCCAGUUGUCCUUUCUGAUUAUUUUGUAGAAUAGAUCUUCAAGAAACCUUACCUAGUGUAUUUAAGGCUCCUCUUUUUUACCUUUUCAGCUUUCUUCAUUGCCAGCGGCUACAGGACCUGCAAAACGCCGUCCUAAAAAAGCACCAGAGUUUCCAAUCCUAGAGAGGAAAAACUGGUUGAUCUAUCUGCUAUAUGUUCACAGAGACUACGACGAGUGCAAGGCUGUCAUCAAAGAGCAGCUCCAGGAGUCUCAUGGGCUGUGUGAAUAUGCAGUCUACGUUCAAGCUUUGAUAUUUCGCUUGGAGGGGAAAAUUCAAGAAUCUCUUGAACUUUUUCAGACAUGUUCCAUUAUGAACCCUCGAAGCGCUGACAACCUCAAGCAGGUGGCACGAUCGCUGUUUCUUUUGGGGAAACACAAGGCAGCCAUUGAAGUGUACAACGAAGCAGCUAAACUCGAUGAAAAGGACUGGGAGAUCAGCCACAAUCUGGGUGUGUGCUACAUGUACCUGAAACACUUCAACAAGGCACGAGACCAGCUGAACAAUGCCCUGGAGCUCAACAGACAUGAUCUGACUUACAUGAUGCUGGGGAAAAUUCACCUAUUGGAGGGGGAGACGGAUAAAGCCAUUGAAGUCUAUAAAAAAGCUGUAGAGUUUUCUCCAGAAAACACAGACCUCCUUACAACGCUGGGGUUACUUUACUUGCAGCUUGGGGAUUACCAGAAGGCUUUUGAACACCUUGGAAAUGCGCUCACUUACGAUCCAGGCAACUACAAG